AUGUGGCUGCCAUGCUGCCAUGUGGCGGACGCUGUGAAUGCUGCUGGCUCAGAAGUCCCUGCGGGGUCGGUGGUGCUGCAGCUGAGUAAGCCCAGCCCUGGUGUCUCCCCUGCACCUCACUUUCCAGGAGAUGACAAUGAUCCUGAACUCUCUGUCCUGAUAGGAGCAGACUACUACUGGCAGAUAGUAUCAGGCAGAGUGGAGCGACUGACGGAGACGCUGGUUGCUUUAGAGAGCACCUUUGGAUGGUCGGUGCAGGGACCUGUGUUCAUGUCAAGUGUUGCCGAGGCAACCUGCAUGUUCAUCCCACUUGAUGAAGACACACUAGUCUCCAAACAACUGCAUGCAUUCUGGGAGCUGGAGUCUCUGGGUAUAAUAAGCGAGAAAACACAGAACCCAGAGGGAAACGAGGCUCUGCAGAGGUUCGAGGAAACAACCACCUUCAAAGAUGGGCGAUACCACGUGGAGUUGCCAUGGAAACGAGAAAUGCCAGAACUCCAAGACAACUAUAGAAUCGCCAAGAAACGGUUUGAAGGUCUGAAGAAAAGACUGAAGAAGGAUGUGACGUUGUAUGGCAGAUACAAUGAAGUAGUAGAGGACUACUUACAACAGGAUAUGGCAGAGGACGUGCCCAAGGACAACGCAUCAAGCGCAGACAACGUAAAAUACUACUUACCUCACCAUGCAGUACUCCGAGAAGAUAAGGUGACGACAAAACUGAGAGUGGUGUUUGAUGCCUCGUCCCAUGAAGAUGGCUGUCCAUCCCUCAAUGACUGUCUACUCACAGGACCGAACCUGAAUCCGGAUCUGCUCAGCGUUCUGAUAAAGUUCAGACUACAUGAGAUCGCAUUCAUGGCAGACAUCAAGAAAGCUUUCCUGCCGAUAUCCCUAGCAGAGAGAGACAGACGCCGUGAGAUUUCUAUGGCUCACAGGCCCACCAAGGGGAGAAAAUGAAGAGGAGCUGCAUGUGCUGAGGAUGAAAAGAGUGGUAUUUGGAGUUUCCCCAAGUCCAUUCUUGCUGGCAGCUACAAUCAGGAAGCACCUGAAACAAUAUGAAACAGAACAACCAGAAGUUGUAGAGAUAUUGAGAGAGUCACUAUGUAGAUGACUUCAUUGCAAGUUCACGCAAUGUUGAAGAGGCUUACCUUGUGACAACUGCAAAGCGAAUGCUGUCGAUUACAGGCAUGACCUCUGCAAGUGGAUGACCAACUCUCCUGAAUUGAAAACAAAAUGGGAGGAGAGUACGACAACUGACCACCCGUUGACGCUAGAAACACAAGGAUUAGUCCUGAAGGUUUUAGGUUUAGUAUGGAGACCGGAAACAGAUGACUUUGUGUUUGACCUCAGGCCGCUACUGAGCAUUCUAAAGCAAAAGGAAAACACAAAGAAGUGUUCUACAGUCGUCUGCACGCAUCUUCGACCCUCUUGGUUUCCUGACCCCCUUCACCAUCAGGAUCAAGUGCAUGUUCCAGGAAAUGUGGAAGAGGGGACUCAGCUGGGACAAAGAAUUACCACCUGAUCUGACACGAGAAUGGCAACAGUGGUGUUCAGAACUACCCCAGUUACACCAGCUCACCAUACCAAGGUGGUACAGAACAGACAUGCAGCCACAGAAUAGCCACACCCUGAAACUACACGUGUUCUGUGAUGCAAGUGAACGGGCUUACAGUGCAGUAGCUUACUUGCAAGGUGAAUCACAAGACAGGGAAACAACAAGUCUAGUCGCAUCCAUGUCCAGGGUAGCCCCACUCAAGAAAAUGACGUUGCCACGCCUGGAGCUCAUGUGAGCUGUGAUUGGAGCAAGACUAGCAAACAACCUGAUGACCACACUGAAAAUGGAAGAAAAACAGAUCAAAAUGUGGACAGACUCGAUGAUCGUGCUGCAUUGGAUUUGCAGCUCAGCUCAGAAAUGGAAACAGUUUGUUGCGAACAGAGUGACCGAGAUCCAGUCCUUGACCAAUCCAGAGUAAUGGUCACAUAUUGAAGGGAAAACUAAUCCAGCUGACCUCUAUGGCACCAAAAUAUAGAAUAACUAUCUUCAAAGUAAUGACUCGGGACGUCGGGUUUGAUAUGAAAGCUUAUUUUAGUAAUAAUACUUGUUCACGUUACAUUUACAAACUUUAGAUUCUACAGAACAAUGAAUAAUGAGUUGCUAGCGCAAAGGAGUAAAAAUAAUCACCUGUCAAUUGCACUUAACUAGCGCGUUCGCUCUCUACUUCCUGUCGCAAGGCAUUCUGGAACUUGCAGUCAAAAGCCGAAUUCAAUACUGACCAGUACAAAAUAUGUAUGUAGUUCUUUCAAUUUCCAACACACAAAUUCUAAUACAAUUACAAAUAUCUUUAGAUGGAGCUCGAUGAAUUAAUUUAAACAUUAACUCUGUAACCCAUUAAAGUUACAACAGUAUCAUCGGCUUAUAAUAAUUUCUUUACCAGCUAAGGAAAUACCUUGUUCAGGACUAUUAUUUAAUGAAUUUGUAAGAAGUGGGGUGAUUAAUAAAAACAGGUACGGAGAGAUAGGACAACCUUGCCUAAUUCCUCUCUUUAACUCAAAUCUAGGUAAGGUGCCAUAUUUCAAUUUGAUAGAGCUGUUACCAUUUGUAUAGAGAGUCUUAAUAGCCUUACAGAAAAAAAUCCCCAAAGCCAAGUCUCUCAAGGGAGUGAAAGAGGAACGGAUGCUCUACUGUGUCAAAUGCUUUAUAAAAAUCAAAACAAUUAUAUGAAGCUAUCCUCGGUUAUUAGGUCUGAGUAGUCAAGUAUGUCUAAUACUAGUCUGAUAUUGUUAGAAAUAUGGCUGUUCCUCAAAGCCAGACUGUGUUUCAUCAAUGAUUGCAUCCAGGACUUCUUUAAUUAUUUUUGCAAGUAGUAAGGCUAAAUGUUAUAGUCAUUAUUAAGAAGACAAAUUGGACGCCAGUUAUCAAUGAGCAGAACUUCUUUUUUAGGCUUAUGUAUCAGUGUUAUUAACCCCUGACUCAUUGUAGGAGGGAGAACAUUGUUUUUAAUACUCUCUAAAAAGACUUCAAAUAGGAAGGGAGCUACUUGUUCAGAAAAUAAUUUGUAAAAUUCUUAUGUAAUUACAUCAACACCUGUUGAUUUAUUGUUCUUUAGAUGUUUGAUAGACUAUAAUCUCUUCAACUUUGAUUGGUUCAUCACACUGUUUAGAUUCUAUAUCGCUGAUAGAGUGAACAUUAUUCAGUGAGUCAAAAAACAUAUCUGUGGAUUCCUGACAGUAUGUAGAGCUAUACAAUUUCCUGUAAAAAUUGCUACAGUAUUUAACGAUUCAUUUUUGGUCAUCUGUAAUAAUACCAUCAAUGUUUAACUUAUGGAUAGUGUUAUUUGUAGAUUGAAAUUUCUCAAGUCUAAAGAAAUAGGAUGAAUUCUGUUCUCCCUCCUCAAUCCAUUUUUUUCCUAGAUCUAAUAAAGGCUCCUUCUGCUUUUAAUCUAUAUAUAUUAUCCAGUUUAUUUUGUAACUCAAUCAGUUCCAUCUUCUCCUCCCCCGAGAGUGCCGGCUGGGGACCUCUGAGAACCGGGAAGUUAUCUUAAUGAUCACCUUUUCCUCCUCAGCUCUUCUGGACUUAGCAAGAUUACUACCAUAUUUUCUGAGGUAUUUGGACACCUCAAAUUUAAAGAGCUCCCAGUUCUUGCAAUAAGAUUUUCUCUUCACAAGCGUAGCAUAGCUAAGCAUAGCAUAGCAUCUCUCUCCAUUGAAUUCAGGCAGUUGACGUCAACACCACCAUCGAAUAUUUAAAAAAGUAUUAAAAUAGCGAGAUGUAUCCACCAAUCCAAAGAGAGGAAUAGGCCAGAGAUUGACAGCUUAGUCCUUAGUGAACUAUUGUGCAGAGCACCGUUGAAAAGGAUACCUUGGUCCCUGUAUAAAUAAAAAUAACCAAAGAUUUAUAAACACAUAAAUAUCAAUAGUAAGCAGUAAACAAAGUAUACUAUAUAUGUUGUGUGUGUAAAAGGUGGGCCUACUCAAGGUACAGGAAAAUAGAAUGUGCAAAACCAUGUAGCUAUUUGUUGACAGAGGAAUUUGUUGACAGCCAGAGUGAGUGUCCUCUGCAUUAUUCAUCCAUAAUUACUGGUGCAGACAUCUGUGAUGAUGAAUGUUCUCUCAUUGGCUUGUCAGCGCAGUCUGCACAGUGCACAUCCUUCCAACAGCUACAGAGCACUCAGAGCACUCUGAGCAUUUUUCUUUAGCUCUUGGGACUGUACAAGCUACCUACAUUUACAUGUUUGUAAUUUAACGGACGCUCUUAUCCGAUAUGACUUAGUUAGUGCAUUCAUAUGAAGAUAGCUAGGUGGAACAACCACCGAUCUCAGUCAUAGUAGGUACAUUUUCCUCAAUAAAGUAGCUAUCAGCAAAAUCUGUUAACUGUGAGUGUUAGUAUUUUUGUGGGGAGUAUACCCUUUUUGAAGCGGUAGGGUUUCUGAUUUUUUCAGAAGAUAGGCAAAGAAAUGAACUUUAUGUCCUGAAUACAAAGCAUUAUGUUUGGGAAAAAUCCAACAUAAUACAUCACUGAGUACCACACUUCAUAUUUUCAAGCAUGGUGGUGGCUACAUCAUGGUUAUUAUGGUUCUGGUUCUGCUUGUCAUCGGCAAGGACUAGGGAGUUUUUGGGGGAUAAAAAUAAACAGAAUAAAACAAAGCACAGACAAAAUCCUAGAUGAAAACCUGGUUCAGUCUGCUUUCCAACAUACACUGGGAUACAAAUUCUCCUUUCAGCAGGACGAAAACCUAAAACACAAGGCCAAAUCUACAGGAGUUGCUUACCAAGACGACAUUGAAUGUUCCUGAGGGGCCUAGUUACAGUUUACUUAAAUUGGCUUGAAAAUGGCUGUCAAGCAAUGAUCAACAACCAACUUCACAGAGCUUGACAUUUGUUUUUAAGAAUAAUGUGCAAAUAUUGUACAAUCCAGGUGUGAAAAGCUCUUAGAGACUUACCCAGAAAAACUCAUAGGUGUAAACGCUGCCAAAGGUGAUUCUAAAAUGUAUUGACUCAGGGAUGUGAAUAGUUAUGAAAAUAAUAUUUCUGUAUUUCAUUUUUUUAAUUUUUUAAAAAACGUUACAAAAAAAUACUUGAUUUCACUUUGUCAUUAUGGGGUAUUGUGUGUAGAUGGAUGAGAGAAAAAUAUAUAUUUAAUCCAU